AUGUUUUCUCGAUCCGUUUCCGCGCGGAAAACAAUGAUUUUCGCCGCCGCGCUUAUCGUUUCGAUAUCUGUUGGCGUCGCCGCCGGUGGCAGACCCUUCGACAGACCCUUCGGCAGACCCUUCAAUAGACCCUUCGGCAUGUGCGGACUCCAGAAAAACACAGUCGUCGAAGAAUUCAAACUCAGCACUCUGUACCCUAUGUUCGGCGAAAUACUAACAACUGAAUCGAAUGACAACAUUUAUGUCGUUUCGAUUUGCCAACCUGUACCAAGAAUGUUCUAUGAUCCCAGAAAAUUGUCUGGUGCUAUUAAAUUGACGCCCGAAGGGCACACGGUCGAUCUUGGACAUAUCGACCAAUCCAACGUCAUCGUUAACGAGAAUAGUAUUGUGCUUACAUACGUCGGUGGUGAUCGAGAUAGAGAUGUACAAGACACGUGCAAAGGUCUGAGAUGGACAACGUAUCUGACGUUCGUAUGUGAUCCGACAGCAACCCACGAUAUUUUAACAUUGAUUGACGAAGAUCCCGAUCAACCUGAAAUAUGUCAAGUGUGGUUUACAGUAAUAACGUCUAAAAUAUGUAACCGUCAGCCACAUUUACCAUUAGUGAUUAUGGAAAAAGAUUUUUCUACUCUAAAAAAUCAGAAUGAUCAUGAAAAAUACAGUGUGAGGGAGUCAACUAAUUCCAAUUUAAUACCUUCUAGAAAAAUCGAGUUUGAUUACGAAACAAGUAAUAUCAACAAGAAUGAUAAAUCUUUAAACAUUGAAAAUAAAGAAAAGCCUAAUUUAAAUGAUUUAUACAACAAAUUUUAUAAAUCAUUUCGUAAUGGACAUUUUAGUACUAGUAAAGAAAAUAAAAUAACCAACGACGAAAUUAAAAAUGGUAACACAACUCAAAUUAGUUCAAAAGAUCAGAAAAGACAAUCAGACAAGGAAAACAAAGAUAAUUAUUUAAAUAAGUAUAAGAAAACAGUCAACGAAAAAAAUGAAAAGGAGGAAGCUAAAGGAAGUAAUUCUAAAAAUAAUACACCUGAAGACAAAAUGUCAUCAGAUUAUGAGAAUAAUAAACUUUGGAUCAAAAAAAAUAACACAGUGCCUUUUAUACCGUCUAAAAAAGAAUACAGUUAUCCAGAAAAAAAUGAAACUAUCUUACACUAUAAUGAUUUGAAAAAAUAUCUAAAUCAAAAUAAAAACUCUGAAGGUAAAUAUGAAAAUUCGGUGCUAAGGGAAUCAACUGAAUAUGAUGAAAAUAAGGAUGGUAAAUUAAAUCAUGAGUUUCCGGAAGAUGUCUCGAAUAACGAUGUGAAAUACAAAAAGCCCAUAGAUAAUGAAAACAUGGAAAAAACUUGGAGACGAAACACAUUUGAAAACCAAACAUCAAAUAAAGAGAUGAAUGAUUCCAGUGAUAACAAAAAACCUUCAGAUAACGAAAAAAAGUUGAAUCAAGAUAAUUCAAAAGAAUCGAAUUUAAAUAACGACUCCAGUAUUUAUAAUAGAAUUCCGAACACGGGCAACAGAAUUAAAUAUAGUACAGCCAAUGAAGGAACAAUUUUCGUUACUAAAGAUAAUCAAAGCCAAUCGAAAGAUAACAAAUCGAUUAUUUAUGAUAACAAUAAGGUGCCUGGCGAUGUAACUAAAGAAAACAUAACAAAUCAAACGCAUUCGAAAAACAAUAAUCCGGAUUCUAAGUCAUUUCCAAAAGAAAAACAAAAAAAUGAAAUUGAAAAGCAUCCGAACAACGUCAAUAGUUCAAUAACCGAGAGUACACCUCGUGCCGACUCGACGACUGAAAAUAAACCAACUGGUAGUGGAGAUAAAGGUAUUGAUGCUAAUACUUUUAAUACGACAAAACAUACUACAAAUUAUGAUACAAAUCAAACGCAUUCGCAAAACAAUAAUUCGGAGUCUAAGUCAUUUCAAAAAGAAGAUAAAAAUAAUGAAAUCAUAAAUAAUCCGAAGAACGUCAAUAGUUUAAUAACCGAGAGUACACCUCGUGCCGAUUCGACGACUGAAAAUAAACCAACGGGUAGUGGAGAUAAAGAUGUCGAUGCUAAUACUAUUAAUAAGCCAAAACCUAAUACAAAUUAUGGUAAUUCAACCACUGACUCGAAUGAAAAUAAUACAAUGAAAAAUAAUAAUAAUUCAACAAGUGGUAAAGAUGAUAACACUAUCGCUGUCACUACGAAAACUAGUCCGUCAAAUACAAUGGUUAAUGAUCACACUAAUGAAUCUGGUGAAGUAAAUGGUUCGUCCACAGAAUCGCCGGUCGAUGGAUCGAUAAACAAUAUUAAAACAAACAAUAAAUCGGAACCAAACGGUACAAUUAUAAACGAAACCAAUAACAUUAACAAAAAUCUACAACCAGACCAAUCGAUACCGGUACCUAGUGCACAUUCAUCGGAUAAUGAUGAAAGCGAUAAUUCAAAAACGACUAAAGAUAGUACGAACCAAUCAGAAAACGGCUUCAGUUUCGGUAAUUUGUUUUCGAACAUUUUCCCUAACGGUAUACACGUAUCUGCAGCUACAAUAAUUGGAGCGUUAGCUUCAUUGACAGUUGUUACUGGAGUGGUUGGAACAGGCAUAAAUCGUUAUUAUUACAAACAGACUGGUACAGAUCAAAUACCCUUCCAAGGAACAAUCCAAUCGAUUUUUAAUUGGAUUAAAGCUAUUAUUUUAUUAUUCUGCUGUUGUUGUCGUCGUGGUGGUUAUGAUGAUUUAGAAGCACCAGACUUAACGAAUGAAAAAACACCACUUUUACAGCCUAAAUUUAAUAUACCAACACCGCUACUCGUAGACGAAACGUCUCAAAAAUCUAGUGAUAGUGGUGACACCGAGAAUAGUAGUAAACAAAAUAGUAAUAAUGAAUAUGGUAGUAUGUCAAAGGAAAAGAAAUCAUCGACUUCUGAAAAAAGAUACCGUAAAAUUAAACGAAAAUCGAAGAUUUCAGAUUCUCCUGAAUCACUUGUGACAAAUGUCGAAGAAAAACUUAUUAAUAUUGAGAACAAAUUGCAAGGAAAAUCUAUAAAAGAGGCUAUAAGCGGAAAAAUUAAUACAAUAUUCACUGAAAAAGUAAAACCAACAAUCAACAGUAUUAUUGAAAAAGUGGGGAAAAAAGUUGAAUCAACUGAAGAUGAAAUUAAGAAGGACUUGGAUAAAAUAUCUAGAGAUGCAGCAUUGAUAUCAAAACUUGUGGAAAACGAAAAGUCAACAAAAAUUACUGCUGACGUUCCCGUGGAUGUUGAAAUCAAAUCAGAAAAUAAUUCGGAAAAAACAAGUUUAAACGAAAACGAAACACAGAAUGCUGCAGUUCAAGAAGAUAUCAAAAGUAUAACGCUUGGUGAAUCACAACAGUCUCCAAACGUUAAACCUUUGAGUGAAGUUAUUGUUUCACAAGUGUCCGUACCGGAUCUUCAACAAAUUAAAAGGAAUGAACAAACGCCCGACAUGAAAACAAGUACAGAAGAUAGAGUUGCUACCGAAAAACUAAUCGAAAGUACACGUAACAAAAAGGAUAUCGAUGUGAAAAAUAUUCUAGAAACCGUCGUUACGUCUCCCACAGACACUAAAACUAGUAUUAACGAAUCGAAAUUGAAGUUCUUGGGAUUGGAGAAAGAAGAUAAAAAUGUGGAAAAAGUGGAAAAAGUGGAAAAAGUGGUGACUGACGAAGCCAUUGGAACCGAUAAAAAGAUUGAAAAUGAAGAGGAUGACGUUGAAGUUAUUGAAGAAAUUAUAUACAUCGACGGGACUGAAGGUGACGAAGGUGAAGAAGAAAUUAUUGAAGAAAUAAUAGAAACUACAGUAGUCGAAGAUUCACCGGACGAAUCUACACCUGGGAAAACCAAGGUCACGGUCCGGACAACUCGUAAAAUAUCGUCAUCUUCGUUACCCGGCGAAGUGAAAACCAUCGAAGAGACCGUGGUCACCGACGGUAUACCGGAAAAUGAGGAAAAACCGUCUGGUUUCCAGUUUGGUGUCGGGAAAUCCGGAAUCAGCAUGAGCGUCGGCGAUAAUAAGAUGGAGAUCGGUAAGUCCGGAUUGAAUUUCACCCGCAGCAAAAGCAAAUCGCCGAAGAACGUGGAAGGCGACGAGCCCGACAAGCGGGACACAAAGUCCCCGGAAAAGUCCAAGAAGUCUAUGUCGAUGCCCAAAAUAUUUAAACGGUCGAUCUCUCAACCGUCGGACGACGACAUCCAAGAAGCCGACGAGUCUGCGGCUGCUAAAAAACUGCCCCGGACAGGUUCCGGCCUGUUGAAAUUAGGAAAAUCGCGAUCCAAACCCACGUUGGUCCUAAAGACGGGUGACGUGACGAUGGACGCGGACGCGAUGUCAAACUUUAUGGAUAACGAACGGAAUGCGUCGCGUAUAUCGCCGAAUGUAGGACCAGGGGAAUUGGAUUUAAAGGUCGGCGAUAAAGGUGUUGCCGCCUCGGUGGUCGUACGUAAGACGUCCACGACAACUUCCGGAGGAAAAGACAGUCCGGUGACCACGGAAACCUUAGAUAUAAUAACACCUGUUGAUUUAGGGUUCGGGUCGGAUAGAGGCGGACAAUCGACCAAGAAUGCCGAAGCCAAGUCGAACGCCAAAACCAAACGCGAGAAAAAAGACAAAACGAAAUUAACGACUAUAACGCGGCCGUUUUAG